CACAAAUGUUUCCAUUGGAUUCUGUCCGAAGAGCGGAAAACGUAAUUUUUAUUUUUAUUGCACUCUAGUUACGAAACUAACGUGCACUCGUUUCUUAAAAGUAUUUUUUUAAAAAUAAUUUAUUUAAAAUUUGUGUUUAUCUAAAAUGGUGUCUUCAUACGUUAUUUACACGGCUGUGCCUAUUUCCGUCGUAGUUGCAUUAGGAUUAAUACGUAAGUGGAGAUCGAGAAAUUGGGCUAAAUGUGUGAGCAACACUUGCUUGAGAGGUAAAACUUACCUUAUUACUGGAGCAAACAGCGGGAUAGGCCUGGAAACAGCCAAAGCUCUUGUGAAGAGGAAGGCGCGAGUUAUUUUUGCUUGUAGAGAUAUCGAUAAGGCAAAACAAGCAAUCGCUGAAAUAAGAAAAGAACAACCCACAGGAGGCGAACUGAUUCCUAUGCAAUUAGACCUUGCAUCUUUUGAAUCAAUUGAGAAGUUUGUUGAAGUAGUUAAGGCUGGUUUCUACAAAAUAGAUGUUCUAAUCAACAAUGCCGGUGUCUCAGUUCCACUUAAACAGGAUCAGAAAACAAAAGAAGGUUUUGAGAUACACAUAGGCGUUAACCAUUUGGGGCAUUUCUAUCUCACAAACUUACUUAUUGAUUUAUUGAAGAAAGCAUCACCGAGCAGAGUCGUCAUAGUGUCAUCAACAUUACAUGAAAAAGGAAAAUUGGACUUUGGUGAUUUGAAUCUAAGAGCUGAAAUUGAAGAGGCAAAGAAAGGAAAGAGUGGCCGUCACAACGCUGGCUAUUGUAAUUCUAAGCUGAUGAACAUUUAUUUCGCACGUGGUCUGGCUGCCAAGCUGAUGAGUGAAGGGGUUGAUGUUAAUGCAUGCUGCCCCGGGUUCUGCUACACUAAUUUAUUCAGAAAUUUCGUAAGAUGGUACCAUUACAUAUUGAUGGCUCCUGUUGCAUUCUUCUUUAUGAGGUCAGCUAAACAGGGCGCAGAAACUGUGGUGUACUGUGCAAGCGACUACAGUAUCGAAGGCCAUACUGGUAAGUUUUAUCGAGACUGCGCCGAAUACACUUCUAAGUAUCCAUUCAACAAGGAAGAAGAAACAAAACUUUGGGAGAUCAGCGAAGAAAUGGUCGAAGCAAGGAAGCCGCUGAAGAAUUAACCGGCUACUUUUUAAUAAAUUCAUACUAUUUUGAACUGUUUAGUUUAUUUGUUCCAAUUAUAUGUAACUAACAUUUUUUUUUAAUUAUUACUGUAUUUUAAAAAGAAACAUAAAUAUUUGUACAAUAUUCGAGUUAAUGUCUGUACAAUAUUUUGGCGCGUUUUUUUGACAGUUAACGACGCACAGAUAAAAUAUUUCUAUAAAGUUAAUUUGUAUAAUUAUCAAGUCGAGGGCUUGUAUGAUAUAAUUAUCGCAUAAUAAAUAUGUUACAUAUCAUGGUGUCAUUGUGUAAUUAGAUGUAAGUAGAAUUCCUUGACUGUUUAAUAAAAUUAAUAAUCCAUAAUG